CACAGGCUAGGCCCAGAAAGCCUGGAGGAGGAGCCUCUGCCAGAGUGGAGAGAAGCAGGCCUGAGCCUCCCCAACGGCACCUCCUGGGGACUCCCAGGACCGCAGGCUGAGACGAGACGCAGGGUGGCUGGAGGAAGUGAGAGGUGAACUCAGCCUGGGACUGGCUGGGCGAGACUCUCCACCUGCUCCCUGGGACCAUCGCCCACCAUGGCCGUGGCCCAGCAGCUGCGGGCCGAGAGUGACUUUGAACAGCUUCCAGAUGAUAUUGCCAUCUCAGCCAACAUCGCUGACAUCGAGGAGAAGAGAGGCUUCACCAGUCACUUUGUUUUCGUCAUCGAGGUGAAGACGAAAGGAGGAUCCAAGUACCUCAUCUACCGCCGCUACCGCCAGUUCUAUGCUUUGCAGAGCAAGCUGGAGGAGCGCUUCGGGCCAGAUAGCAAGAGCAGCGCCCUGGCCUGUACCCUGCCCACACUCCCAGCCAAAGUCUACAUGGGUGUGAAACAGGAGAUCGCCGAGAUGCGGAUACCUGCCCUCAACGCCUACAUGAAGGGUUCCACGGAUAGGAGCAGGAGCAAUGGAGAAGGUACAGGAGCCACACUUGGAAUUGACAAAUCUUCGUUUAAUGCUCUAAGCCCACAGAGCCUGCUCAGCCUGCCAGUCUGGGUGCUGAUGGAUGAGGACGUCCGGAUCUUCUUUUACCAGUCGCCCUAUGACUCAGAGCAGGUGCCCCAGGCACUCCGCCGGCUCCGCCCGCGCACCCGGAAAGUCAAGAGCGUGUCCCCACAAGGCGACAGCAUUGACCGCAUGGCAGCUCCGAGAGCAGAGGCUCUAUUUGACUUCACUGGAAACAGCAAACUGGAGCUGAAUUUCAAAGCCGGAGAUGUGAUCUUCCUUCUCAGUCGGAUCAACAAAGACUGGCUGGAGGGCACUGUCCGGGGAGCCACAGGCAUCUUCCCUCUCUCCUUCGUGAAGAUCCUCAAAGACUUCCCUGAGGAGGACGACCCCACCAACUGGCUGCGCUGCUACUACUACGAAGACACCAUCAGCACCGUCAAGGACAUCGCAGUGGAGGAAGAUCUUAGCAGCACUCCCCUAUUCAAAGACCUGCUGGAGCUCACGAGACGGGAGUUCCAGAGGGAGGACAUCGCCCUGAAUUACCGGGACGCUGAGGGGGAUCUGGUUCGGCUGCUGUCGGAUGAGGAUGUGGUGCUUAUGGUACGGAAGGCUCGCAGCCUCCCCUCCCAGAAGCGUCUCUUUCCCUGGAAGCUGCACAUCACGCAGAAGGACAACUACAGGGUCUACAACACAAUGCCAUGAGCUGACAGUGUCCCUGGAGCAGUUAGGGGACACCAGCAAGAACCUUCAGCUCUCAGAGGAGAUUAGGACCAGGAAAACCUGGGGGAAUGGGCAGACUUCCCAUCUCUGAGGCCAAUGGACCCAUGGGGUUUGUAAUCUGUCUCUUUCUACUCUUUGCAUCUGAUUUAAAUAAACCAUUCCAUCUCAAUGGGG